UGUAUCCGUGUAUCCAAUGCAGGCCGCCAUGGAUCACUCGAGUCUCUGCCGAGUUCGCGUUCAGCUCGGAUUCACUCGUCGCUUCGUCGGGCUGAACGCAUGCACCUCUGGAGCUCAUUGGAGCGGUGCAGUUCGUAUCGGUUCUGCGAUACUUGCGCCGGUGUAUCCGCGUUCGCCUUCCAUCUGCUACAGUGUAUCCAAACCUCGUCUACAGUUCUCCUAGCGAUAUACACACGAGAUGUCGUUUGGAGAGCCACAGCUGCACCGGUUGCAGCUCGGAAAGGAGAGAUACUGGUGCAGCAAGGAGGAAACCCUUGGUGUUUGACUCUUACCCUUUCGAGAACAAACUUUCAUUGACAUCACCAGUUCAUUCUGUAAUCUGCCGUGCAUCACACACAACAACAAGCUACUACCAAGACUUCGGGACGAUGACGAUCACCACCGCUCAGUUCGCGCUACGUUCUUUGCAGUCCCUCUUUGCGCUGCUUGCCAUCAUCUUCACCUGGGGUGGCUACGUCAAGAACGACGACGGUCAACUCAGUGGUCUUUCCCCGGAAUUCAGUAUCCUGAUGAACUACACGGCGCUCCUAACGGGUCUGUACUACGUGCUGCCGGUGAAGGUCCUCAAGUGGACGACGGUGGCUCCGUCGGUGCUGUUCCAGCGUCUGACCGACGGCGUGCUCGUGGUGCUUCUGCUACUCGGUGGUAUUCUACUCUGGGCUUCCUCAGGCGUUAAGGACUGCUCGGAGAAGAACGACGAGUACGAGGCGUACGCCGGUCUACAGCUCUUCCGUUGUGGGAACUUGACUAUGGGUGUCAUCUUCACCUUCAUCACCUUCGCACUGUUCCUCGUCUCGCUGGUCUGGAGCUUCGUAGGCAACAACGCCAAUGCCAACCAGGCCGAGACUGGUAUCAGUUACACCGAGGUCGCAACUCCAGGUGCUGCGCGUGCGGAGGCUUACUCGGCCGCGGAUUCGCGUCACCCGGCGCUGGCCAUUGCCCGUCGCGGCGGUCGCUUCGUCCAGUUCGUGCUUUCGCUCAUCAUCUUCAUCAGCACUGUGGCGGGCUACAAGCACUACUUCACGGGCCGGUUUACAAGCCCUGUCGCCAUGUUCGUGGUGCUCGUUUCAUGGAGCUGCAUCCUGUACACACUCUUCCACCUCGUCGUCGUUGAUAUUCUCAAGAAGUCGCACCGUCCGAGCGUCAGCGUCGAGCGAAUCCUGGACCUACUUCUGGCUGUUCUUCUGCUACUGUUCGCUAUCCUCCUCGCCGCGUCGCACCAGGUUGACCACUGUGACACCAUCAACGCCAAAUACGAGGCGGACACGGGCUCGCUUGGCGGGAACAAUGUCUACCGCUGCGGCAGUCUCACGCGCGCCUACGUGCUCGCCUUCAUCGACUGCGUCUUCUUCCUGGCCACCUCCGCACUCAGCUUCUGUGGCUCCAGCGACAGCGAACCCGCCCCGCGUCACGUGGACGUCGACCCCGGUCAGCAAGUGUAAUCUUGUAUCCGUUCAUGCGCUUAGCUUUCGAUGACAACUUCAACUUGAUCUAACAAAAAAAUCGUUCAUCAUAUCUUUUGGAACAUUUUCAUGACAUCACGGGACUCUUGUUUGUAUAUUUU